AUCCCAUUCCGGACUGAACCUGAUGCAAUGGGACUUUACUGCGUGUACCCAACGCGUCCCACUUUAGCUCCUGAGGGUAACUUAACCUUAGAGAGAGUGACGGAUGCCCCAACCCUGGACGAUGAGCAAGGUGCAGCUCACGGAGUGCACCCUGGUCUCUCCACGCCCGAAAUCAGUGCUAAGCACUUGUUUGAUGGGUUCUCGAACCACACCUCUGGAGUCCUGAUGGCGUGGCAUUACUCUGGGACCAAUAGCAAUUCAGGGGCCAAUGUCAAUCGUCUUGCAGACUACCUU